AUAGAAGACAGUCGCGAGUGAAGAGUAACGGAAGAUUUAGGAUUAAAUUGUAUUUACCAUCGCUAUGUGAUUACUUACAGUUAGUGAAUUUAUCAGUUUGCACAAAAAAUGGAUAAAUCCCGAUAUUUGGAUUUAAGUUUGUCAAUUUUAUUUGUGAUUUUAUGUGGCAUAUGUGUGAGCAAUGGACAAGAUACAUUUUACUUUAAUCUAAAACCAACAGACCAACCUGUUAUUGAAGGUACAGAACUGAUGUUACUUUGUGGAGUUUCAAAUCCCAGACACAUUCAGUUUCAGUGGAUACACAACGGAAAACAAAUUACAAACACUAGUCGAAGAUUUCAGGACGGGAGUAAUUUACGGAUUUUAAGAGUGACUCGAGAACAAGAUACAGGUCCAUUCCAAUGCAUAGCGACCAACGUUACAACAGGGUUUUCGCUGCAGAGCGGAGAGGCAACACUUGAUAUUCAAUGGAUAGAUCCUGUUGCUAUGGUGCAGUUGAAGCGUGUCAAGGAAGAUGAAGUGGCACUUGGUGCUGACAUACAACUAAAGUGUCAGAUAACGGGAAAUCCAGAACCCUCGUACGAAUGGUUGCAAAACGGAUAUAGUGUAUCACACAAGGACCAUGUGAAGAUAGUGGAUAAAGGACCCCGUUUAAAAUUGAAUGGUAUUACGGCAAAAGACAAUGGUGUGUAUUCGUGUAGAGCUGAGAAUGUCGCUGGACGCAUUGAAAGUACCACCAACUACCUUCUUAAUAUCCAAGCACCCAACACGCCACACCUUGUUGAAGACCAAUUUACUCCUUACAAGCUGGUGUUAAGAAAAGAUGCCGCCCGGCUUGAUUGCCCAUUUAUAAAUGCCACUAAAAUAGAGUGGUUUGCCAAUCAUGAGAAGCUUACUAACAGCACAAGGCACACAGUGUUCAACAAUGGUUCCCUGUAUUUUCCGCGGGUCCAGGAGGCAGACCAAGCCGUGUACCAGUGCGAGGGCUUGUCUAACCACCCUGAUACUACACAGACAUUCACAGCAAAACUUGUCAUUGCAUAUCUUGGCGAUUUCGAUGUGAACACAUUCGAGCCACGUUUGAUAUCAAGUUUUCCAAUGGUUAUUCCGUUGCGAGAGCCGUUCUAUGUAAAAACAUUUAUUCCUGAUGGUAAACCAGCUCCAUCAUUUAGGUGGUUGAACAAGAAUGACAUGCCUAUAUUAGAUACUGGAGCAAUUAGGACUGUGGAAAGUAGUUUGUUUUUUGAGGAUCCGCAACAGAUUGAUUCAGGAAACUACACAUUCAUUGUAAACAACACUGCCGGUGAAAAACGACAAACAGUUUGGAUCAUAGUUUCAGUGCCACCAACUAUACGCCGAGGACCGCAGUCCACUGAAAUAUCCGAGGGUCAGGAUGUGGAGUUCACUUGUCAAAUCUCGGGCACGCCUUACCCAGUUACAACCAUCUUAUGGCAGAAAGAUAACCAAUACAUCAAAGUGGGAUCAUCAAGGCAUUACAUGAACUUGAAGACAGGGGAACUUCGUAUUUCCAUGGUAACAGAAGAUGACAGGGGAGAAUAUUAUUGUAUAGUUAAUACAACCGGCCAGAAACUGGUGCAGUCACUUCCUGCAAGACUGAGGGUGAAAAGAAAGCUUAAGUUCAGUGAAGAACCUCAAAGUAGAUACCUAGAGUUGGACUCUGACGCAGAGGUGGCUUGUAAAGCAGACGCUGAGGUUCAACCCAAGGUCAAGUGGAUUAAAGGGAUGUUGUCUGGACAGUGGGUGGACAGUAAAAAUCAGUUUAGGAAACACAUUAUUGAUGCUGACGGUGUUCUUUAUUUCCGUGGUGUACAGAGGAGUGAUUCCGGACCCUAUACAUGUGUCGCCAUGGUAACGAAAGGAAUGACUCAUGAGUACAUCAAUAAGACCAUCUUUAUAUAUGUUGUUGAGAGACCAAAGUUCCAGAUACGACCAUUGAAUACAACAGCAUACGAAGAGCGCUCUCUUAUGUUACAUUGUUUUGCCACGGGAGACCCUCGACCAUCCAUAAUCUGGGACAAGAACGGCAUCAGAGAUAUCCCCGAUUCUAGCAGAUACACAUUUUACCCGAAUGGAAGCAUAUCAAUAUCAAAGGUUUACAUGGAGGACCAGGGAAUGUAUGGUUGUACAGCAAACAAUAGUGCUGGGUCCAUAUACACAACAGCUUAUGUCUUUGUUGCUAGUGGGUCAGAGUAUACAAAGAUAAAUUCGCAGGAGGAGGAAGGUUUUGACAUGAUGCGUACAGUAAUUAUAGCCGUGUGUAGUGCCGGAGCCUAUCUUGCCCUUGUUAUAGGACUGACUGCAUACUGUAGUUACAGACUGCUUCUACAGCGACGUAAUAGAAAAGCUAUUUUAAAUGGUGAAAAACAAAAUGGUGGUGUACCUCAAUCAGAACAACAUGAACUACUGAUGAAAGAAGGUGACCGUGAAUCUGGAGGAACUCAUGGUUGCCGUAGUGACAGCGAUAAUCGAUCACAUGUAUCUGCUCUCAGCUCGCACCCGUCUCAUUCGUCACACUCAAACUCGCACUCUAAUUCACACACACAGUCACAGAAUUUAUCACAGCAGUCACAGAGAAGUGCUGGAAAAACUAGUCUGGAUAGGUUCUUCUUUCCAAGACACGAGUUACAGACUCUAGGAAUUUUAGGUAAAAGCCAGUAUGGCGAUAUAUUUCUGGCCAAGGCCCGUGGUAUACGUCCUGGAGAAAUAGAAACGCAGGUUGUAGUAAAAUCACUGCUGACAAAAGAGGACCAACAUUAUUAUGAGUUUCAAAGAGAAAUGGAAAUGUAUUCUAAACUAGAUCAGAAUAAUGUCAUAAAACUGCUGGGCGUCUGCAAGGAGAUUGAACCUUAUUUUUAUAUAGCAGAGUACUGUGACUGGGGUGAUUUGAAACAGUUCUUAUUAGCAUCUAGGGUUGACAACACUGGUCGGAGAAGAAUUCCUCCACUGACUAUUCUACAGAAAAUUGGAAUGUGCAAUCAGGUCGCCCUCGGAAUGGAGCACAUGUCUAAUAAUAGAUAUGUUCACAGAGAUCUCGCAACAAGAAAUGUUCUUCUCACAUCACGUCUCGAGUUAAAAAUAUCUCACAUGGCCCUGUCACGAGAUCUGUAUGUCAAUGAAUAUGUGAUUAUAAACAACCAGACUGCUCUUCCAUUAAGAUGGUUAUCACCAGAAGCAGUUCUGGAAGCAGACUAUUCUACAAAAAGUGACGUUUGGGCGUACGGUGUGUUUAUGUGGGAAGUGUUACAUUUAGCGGAUAUUCCGCAUAAAAAUCGCAAUGAUGAUGAACUUCUUAAGGGUCUCAAAGCUGGUGAUGUAAUUUUAGAGUUUUCGGAACAUUGUCCAAGUGAAAUGAUAGAUCUUGUUCGCAAGUGUACGGCUGAAUGCCCAAAAGACCGUCCAAAUUUCACAGAAAUUUGUAACAUUGUUGCAGAGCUUGUACAAAUAUAUUCACAACCACAGUAUCAGACCCCCGUAUCACCUGCUGCAAUGUCUUUCCCGCCAAUGACUUCAUACCACGCACAUGAACCGUACAUGAUGACAUGAAACCAUGAAAAAUAAACAUAGAAAAUGUUCAUGUUCUUAAAUCCUUGCUAUAGAUAGUGAUAAACAAAAGACAAAAUAAGUAUUGAAAAUAAAUGGUUAGCAUGACUUGACUCUGGAAGUCUAGAUUUUCCACUUUAAAAGACGUUUCAGUUUGUUACGGGGAAUGAAAUUAUAAAAGAAAGUGUGAUAAGGUUUUAACUUACAAUGUGAAAUCCAGGACCCGGUUCUGAAAAGUGGAUGGUUAGAUAUUGGACGGGCAUUUUGAGUUAUUUCAAUAGUUGCUAUUUUUGUCUUCAAGUGAUAGGCUUUGGUUUCAUAGAAACACUGAUGUUUACUUUUAAAUAGUUGCUAUAGACAAUAUACAGUUUCCUAGAAACAAUGUGUUUAGCCAAUUGCGUCUGUAUUUUGUCACGGUGAUAAACGAUGUAUAGUAUAUAGACGGUUGGUUCAAAUAGUUGCUACUUUUAUGUUAUAUAUAUUACUAGAUACUGUCCGAACAAGGAACAUUUUUGAAUUGUGAAAACUGUUUUAGUGUCCAUAAAUUAGUUGAUUUGUGUAUUGUAAGAGGACAUUAUGAUAGUAUAAAAAGUUUAUAUCUUAGAUAAGGUUCUUGUUUUAAAAUAUCCAAUUUAGUAAAAGAGACAACUUUAUAGUAUUGAUCAUUGUUGUUGUAAGCAAAAUGCUGUUUAGUUUAAAACAUUAUUUAUUCAAAUAUUAUCAACAUGAAGUUAUAUUUGACUGCAAGUUAAUAAGGAAAAACAGUUUACUUACAGUUUCAUGUACGUAAUCUAUGACCAAAGAACUAAAUUUCUUUUGUUAUAGAAAGACAAGAAAUGUAUAUAUUUGCGCUGAUUUUAUUUAUUUAUUUGUCAAUGUGCUGUGGAGAGAGAUAAUGGUGUUAAUCUAGGGUAAUAAGCAAUGAGAAGUCAAAAAGUACUUUCUGUACCUACCAUAAGUUAAUUAAAUUUCAUCGAUAGAUUUCAUCGUAAGACUAUUUUAUUAUAGAUAACUUAUGGUAGAUGCAAAUAUUACUUUUUGUACAUGUGUAAAAUUACUUACAGGGAUUCACACAUGUUUGAAAUGUCUAUGUUUGUGACAACGUUUGUUUAUCUGUGAUUCUUAUAGGGAUAUUUCUGUGUGUGUAAGUGAGUACAUGUUAGUAUGUAAGAUAAUGUAAUAUCGCUUAACUUAGCAACAUACUUGUAUUUUACAAUCUAUGUUUGAUAAAGCAUUUACAUCAAAUAAGUACAUUCAUGUAUUUUGUACACUGAAAAAUAGAAAUUAUUCCCAUUAAUGUCCGUUGAAACUCGUCUUUGUUGAUAAAACAAUAAAUUUCACAAUAUUUUUUAUGAAAUAAAAAAAAAAAUUCAAAAAGUCAACAUUGAAGUAUCAAGAAUUAAACAUAAGCUUGUAUGAUUGUAUGAAAUGUUUUAUUAUCACAUACAAUUAAAAAGUACAAUGUAAAAUACAGUAAUUACUUUAUGUGAGACGUGAAAGAAUUGCUUACAUGUGUAAGUGAUAUAUGUUAACACAUGUUGGUGUAUCAAUAAUUUUUAUAGACACUUUUUUUUUAGAAGAAAAAGAUUUAAAAAUGUCUCAUUCUUAUAUAUGAAGUAGUCUAUGCCACUUGUUUGCCUAGUUCGGUUAAUUAUUCUAAAUGUACAAAAAAAUAGUUGCUUAAAAAAUUAGGUGAAAAUGUGAAUACCAGAUGUAAGUACAUAUAGUGUAUUGUUUAUGGUACAUUGGUAACUUUAAGUUAUAUUUGUUUUUGUCACAAAAAUCAUUUUGCCAUUUUCAUUGUACAAGCUUCUUACACUUAUAUUAUAACAGUGGAUUUUGUAUUUUUGUGCUUUAGUUGAGACUUUCAUAUGUAUAAAUAGCAUUUGUUCAACAGUACUGUAUGUUUAUUCUUUCGAAAAAGAAAAUAUAAAAGAUCUUUAUUA